GGACCAGGACCCUUCUACCCCGGGACUAUCCCACCGGUCUGGCCUUUUUCUUCAUUCCCUCCUCAACCUUACCUGGUCGUCCCCCGUCCUGUUAACUUGACGGCGGCGUCCACCAAUGCCCUGUUUCCGGUAUUAUUCACAGCAAACACGAUGUCCGUGAUGGCUGGAUCCCAUGCACCAGCGAUGCCCACCAUUUCACUUGAAUCUUUUCCUAGACGAGCGCCAUCCUCGUCGCUGCCGAGCGCGGUCAUCUCUCGUCAAGCCUCGACGUCGUCUGCUAAAGGGAAAGCCUCCGAGCGAGCAAAUGGUGCCACCACCCCUCAAUCGCCCACCUUUAAAAGUACGCGACAGUCUAGAAGUAGUACCCCGGCACAGGAUGGUGAAGAUACGACUUGGGGUUCCAAUUUCUGGGUGACGCUCGUUGAUCCUCAGACACAAUCCUCAUUCUAUGCAUGUCCCGCGACCGGUCAAGUCAGUUGGGACGCGCCUGUUGGCAAUUUCGUAUUGCCACCAAGCGCGGAGGGUGAAUGGUGGGAGUUAAGUGAUGAGAGUCGCGGAGGCUUGUCCUACUAUUAUCAGACGAAAACCGGAGAAACAGUAUGGGAGAGACCACCAGGUUUCGUAAUCCCUCUGGGAAUCAUUCAGAAUUCGGCUCUGGGGCGGCGCUUGUCCCAUCGUCUCUCCAAAUCUAUGGCCUACGACUCGGCAUUACAGUCCCAAAGGCUAUCACCAGAAAAACCGACCUACAGACGUUCCAAUUCUUACGCAAACGUCCAGGACGACAUACCGACUCGAAAAUCUAGCCAUUCAGUUACCUCGGGCAAAACCUCGGCUGUUGCGAAAACCAAAAGUUCCCCUGCACGACGUUCAUUUUCUAACGACCAAUACCAUAACACUAAUACUCUGAACGGCUCCAAUCGUCUGCAUACCCUUGCCCAGCAUUUACCCCCCAUACCCGCGUCUCCUUAUACCUCAGAAGCGAGUUUAUCCUCCCCAAAGCUCAAGACUUUGACACCCUCCAGCAGUAGUCCCAAACUCAAGGAUGACGCAUUGAGACGUUCGUCUAAUAAUUCCACUCCAGAGUCAUCCGUUCGAGCGAGAUCAAAAUCAUCAUCAUAUGUUUCCCACCGUCCCCAACUUCCACAGAGCCUCACCGCUGCCGUGGAAAUGCUUAGUUCUACUUCUGAAAGUAGCCAUACGUCAAAUCAACUUUCUUCUCAGACCGGUACCAGUAGCGUACAGGCGUCGCCUACAACACUUGACAUCUCUGCAGCUGAACAAUCUGGGAAGCGAGGAGCGCCAAGCCGACCGAUCCCGCCGCCACCAGGGGAUUUGAAGACUGGACGAAGCCCGCCCGUGAGGAUAAAUGGCAAGGAAAUCAGCGCUCCCGUUCUAAAUACAGUCGCCACAUUGGAAAUGAGUCCGGUGAAGAAUCGAGCGACACGCAAACCUAUCCUUAUCCAACCUCGCGUUGUAUCGUUUGAAGCCCCAACGGCGACUCUAAGUUCUGGGAAAAGUUAUCCAGUUCUUCCCCACGACCUGGCCUCCGACAUCCUACAAUUUGCCGAAUCUGAUUAUGCGAAACAGUAUUUUUCCACCCAUCGCACAGGAUUCAUCUUUCGACGGCGAAUUCCCGUUGCGCAGAUGAUGUCUUGGCAGAAGGCUCCCUUAGCUUCUCCGUUGCUAGCCUUGAACCGUACCUUAAGUAGGGAUGCGGUCAAGGUAUUCAAAAUUAUACAGCAUAUUAUGGGUGACAGGGAAGGAAAACCUAUGGGUGUCCGUGUGCAUUCCGAUGGUCUUUCGACCGUUUCGUCAAGUAAUACAUCUUCCGCAUCUCUGGCUUCGAAUGCAGCAAGUAUUUUAGAGGAGGAGAGAUGGAUUUUGAGCGAGGGCCUGAGUCAUGGGGAACUUCGUGACGAAAUAUACUGUCAACUGAUGAAGCAGUUAAGUGGCAAUCCUAAUACGGAGAGUGUAUUCAAGGGCUGGCAACUGAUGUGCGUCCUUCUGAUAACUUUUCCACCCUCGAAAAACAUAGAAACAUACGUUCGGGGAUUCAUGCAACAGCACCUGUCCAAGCAGGAAGGACGUGUAGACAUCAUGGCCAAGUAUUGUCUGCGACGGUUGUCUUUCAUUUCGAGGAAAGGACCCCGAAGCAAACCACCAAGUACAGCGGAAAUUGAGAUAGCCUCUGAUGCCGCAUUUAAUCCGUCCACAUUCGGCGAAUCGCUAGAUGCCAUCAUACGUUUACAAGAGCGCAAUUACCCUCAUCAAAAAGUGCCCAUCAUUCUUCCGUUUCUUGCAGACGGCAUUUUGGCCCUUGGGGGUACGAAGUCAGAAGGCAUUUUCCGAGUACCUGGAGAUGGUGACGCUGUCUCUGAGCUCAAGCUACGUAUCGAUAGAGGGUACUACACGCUAGACGGUGUGGAUGAUCCUCACGUUCUCGCGUCUCUUAUGAAAUCGUGGCUUCGAGAGCUUUGUGAUCCUCUCGUUCCCGAGGAGAUGUACAACGAGUGCAUAUCGAGUUCCAAGGAUCCCGAGGCGUGUAUCCAUAUCGUAGAACGUCUACCGACCAUCAAUCGACGCGUUGUUCUCUUUGUCAUUAGCUUCCUUCAACUGUUCUUGGACGACAGAACACAGUCCUUGACUAAGAUGACGCCUGCUAAUCUUGCGCUGGUGAUGGCGCCGAAUCUCCUCCGCUGCAACUCGGAUUCAAUGUCUAUCGUGUACACCAAUACACAGUACGAGCAGAUAUUCGUGUACAAUCUAUUGCUCUACCUCAAGUGUGGCGAAGUAGACAUGGAUUACAUUCCUGCACAUGGACUCGGUGCAGUUCCAGCAGUAUCUAGAUCUCGAUCGUCGAAAUCGCGAACCCGACGUAAUCGAUACUGAAUUCAGUUAGAGAUGUAUUUCCUUUACAUUCGUUUUUUGAUUUGCUUUUUGAUUUCCAUUACGAACGGUUCUCUAUAUUAACGGUGAAUUUAAAUAAAACUCCUUUGUUGCUUCCCUUUCUUAUUGUUGUUCAUUCCUCACUGUAAAUGUAGCAUUUAUUCCACUUUCAUAUUUUUACUUCUACAGGGAACCAUACGUGGGCAUUUAUACCCCAACAUAACAGAUCAUGCACGGGAUCUCAAUAAAUGUACGAGUAUAUAUAUCUUUCACCGUUAGAAGAAGUGACCAUGAAGGUGUAUAUGCUUCUAAUGGAGUAACAUAAAUGGGUUUCUUACUUUUGUAACUA